CAGAACUGCUCCCCGAGCACGAAGGAGGUGCCAUGCGGAGCCCUCCGAGCCGGUGCGCCGUGGCUCGCGCCCUGGUCCUGGCCGGCCUCUGGCUGGCCGCAGCCGGGCGCCCCCUAGCCUUCUCGGAUGCUGGGCCGCACGUGCACUACGGCUGGGGCGAGUCCGUCCGCCUCCGGCACCUGUACACCUCCGGUCCCAACGGCCUCUUCAGCUGCUUCCUGCGCAUCCACUCAGACGGCGCCGUGGACUGCGCGCGGGGCCAGAGCGCGCACAGUUUGAUGGAGAUCAGGGCAGUCGCUCUGCGUACCGUGGCUAUCAAGGGCGACCGCAGCGUCCGGUACCUCUGCAUGGACGCCGACGGCAAGAUGGAAGGGCUGACUGAGUACUCGGCCGAGGAUUGUGCUUUCGAGGAGGAGAUGCGCCCCGAUGGCUACAACGUGUACUGGUCCAAGAAACACCAUCUCCCUGUCUCUCUGAGCAGUUCCAGGCAGAGGCAGCUGUACAAGGGCAAGGGCUUUCUGCCCCUGUCCCAUUUCCUGCCCAUGCUCUCCAGCAUCCCAGCAGAGCCCGAGGAACUCCAGGACCACCUGGAGCCCAAUUUGUUUCCGUUGCCCCUGGAAACAGAUAGCAUGGACCCCUUUGGGAUCGCCACCAAACUGGGAGUGGUGAAGAGUCCCAGCUUCCACGAAUAACGGAGGCUCGGUCCUCCCUUCGGCCCCUGGAGACCAGGACCCCAGGCUGUGGUGCUCGAAGAGUGGAUUUUCUACAAGUAGGAUCCUGAAUCCAUGUUCUAUUUAGCUUUAGGAAGAAACAUUUAGAACUUGUACAUAUACAAAGUUUUGCAUUGCCGGUGCCAGUUUCUAGUGGAUAGACUUGUAUGAUCAUAAAAUUGUAAGCCGCUCCCCCUCCCGCCCAGCUUCUCCCUACCCCAGAGCCCCCCUCCCCCACACCUUUGCCAUUGCUGGAGAGGUUGCUGUACUACCCUUGAAUACCUCCACUGAUGGGGAACUCACUACCUUUGGUGCAGUUCUUAUGCCAAGCUGACAUUCUCUGCAGUUCUCCCCAUCAAUUCCAAGCAGGGGCAACCAGAAGAAAACAGGCAUUCUAAAUUUAUGUACAGGUGAUCAACUUUGAAACCCCAGGUAAAUCUGACUCUGCUGGAGUUUAGAAUUGCUCCAGAUGGUGUCUCCAAGGGGGACCAUUGGCCCUCUCCAGUUCCCUCCAGGAUAGAACUAACUGGGUGCAGGCACUGCCCACAGGCUUUAGGAGCAGGGGGAGCCCAGAGGCUCCCUCCAGCCUGGGUAGAUCUUAAGAGCUCUGUGAUGGCUGGUUCUGGGAUGGAUAACCUCCGCUGGACUCCGCGCAAGGCAGAGAGCAGCUAUUCCCCAUCCCCACCCCACAACCAGUACCCUGCAUGUGGCCAACACUUGCCCAGGCUUGUGCUGGUUCCUCUAAAGUGAAUGGCCACAUGGCUACCUGCUCAAGAGGGACAGCCCAUCUCAGCAGUCCUGCCUUACCACUGUGACCGGGGUUUCCAGGGAAUCAGAUUUCAAGUUGUGUGGAUUUCACAUGAGGGCCCCUGGAGAGGGGACCCCCCACAUCCUACCCACCCCCUCCUGGUUCUCCCGCCUCAUGGUGGGGAGGUCUGGCUCUCCCUCCUUUCUUAAGCAGCUGUGGAUGUUGACCUGAAAAGAGCAGACCGCCCUCUUCCAGGAGCUGCCUCCCUUUUUCCAGCCCGUUGCCCUGGUCAUUUUGUGAAUCGGGACUUGGCAGCCUCCCACCUUUAGGUAAAGCUGAAUGUUUCAUUCAAAAGCCGGGAAAAGGAAGAGCUGAAAGCAGCAGGAAGAUCAAGUCCAUUCCCCAGCACUUGGUUUCCAGCAGGAUAUUUAUGAGUAAUUUAUUGUUUGCUAUGUACAUCUCAUUAUUUUCUUACUUUAUUUA